GACAGUGCUGGUGUCCGCAUAUGAUCAUCAUUAGAGACCGUUCUGAGGUAAUCAACCCACGCUGACUCCGCCCCGAGACAGAGCAUGUGAAGAUCAGGCGGGCAGACGUUUGACAGAUGCCAUCCACAGGAAGAUACGUAACGUCACAGGAUCUCCCCAUGUCAUAAAAGCACUAUGCACUGGCAGCCCCCCGUCAGGCUCCCCGUUUCCCAGCAUCCCCCGAGGCCUUCCCUUGCAAUUAAUAUUGACCAGCCCCGGGCCCUCGAUUCAUAUUCUCGGUGAUACUGUAUAUCAUGCGAUUCUACUUCUCAACGGACCACGUCCGCAACAGCAUCGUCACCAACGACCACGCGCAGGUCGUAUACAAAAUCGACACGCCGUUCAAGUUUCUGUGGCAGAAAGGCGUCAGCACGAUCUGGAAGAUCGCGCCCAGCUCCGAACCCAUCUCCUUUGGUCAAGGCAUCAACUCGGCGGAUGCAGAGGAGCUCGAUCCGGAUCCGAGAGACGACGAUGGGGCGGCGUUUCUCGAGGCGGACGCCGCCGGGGACGACGCGAAGAUUCGGUCCCCCAGUCAAGAACCGGACGGCUCGGAGGGAGACAGCGCGAGUGCGAGCGACGGCGAGGAGCUGGCGCGGUCUGCGACGGAGGAAUUCGACAUGCAGGAUCGCUUCGUGAAGCUGGCCACCGUCGAAUGGCGGCACAUCAAUAGCACGACGAUCAAGUGGCUUGGUGCGAAUGGUUUCGGGACCAGCGAGGUUGCAACCAAGGAUCUCUUAAAGUCAAUCACUUGGACUAACAGGCGACGAGUGUUUACCGGAUGUGACGGCCGUACCUACGAGUGGGAGCUAGCAUUCCACGUAUGCAAACUCUAUCUGGUUGAUGGCGUCCAGAAGACGCGCAUAGCCCGCUAUCACAGAUACAAAUCUGUUCUUGUCCACGGCAAGGACUCCAGGUCCGGAUAUCUCGAGUUCGACGACGAAGAGCUUACCAAGGCUUUUGGUCAACCUCACAUAUCUUCCGACCUUUUGGACAUGCUACUGGUGACAUUCUUGUAUGUCGAGAAGCGUAGGAGGGACAAGGAGCGUGCAGCAAAGAGGGAUAUCCGAUGGAACUUUUGA